AUGACAGUGGACCAUGAAAUGUAUUUUGUAGAAUGUGUUGACUUUGCCAAAUCCUUCAUCCAACUGUAUCUCAAAGAGGAUGAUGUAUUAUUCAAAGUGCUCUUGCAUAUGCUUCGUGUACCUUGCUGUGCAGAACAGCAAGAUGCUCACUCUUGGACAUUUACGUAUCUGCAUUUCCUAGUUGUUGAUUUGAAGUAUAUGUUGAGCUAUGACCAUCAGGUGCUCCUUGAUUACCUUAUUUCAAAAGAUACCGGAAUCAGUUGUGCAGAAGAUUUUUUAAGGUGCUUGCGUAAAGUGUGUGAUUCAUGGAGCUUAUUUGUGGAAUUUCUAGUGGGUGGGCAAGCUACAAAUCAAUCAUUUUGCAAGAAAAGAAAAGUUUCAUUGGGUGGCUCGAGUUCCUGGGGAGAGGAUUCUCUUGCACCAACCAAAAAUCAUCUUACAUUUCUUGAUGAUGAACCUGAUGAAGAAAAUGAAAAUGGCUGCAAGCACACCCAAAAUGGAGGACAGUAUUUCAAAGAAGCCAAAGAGUGCUUACUUUCACUUAAAAUUUCUAUUGAAGGUCUACACCAAAAGAAUCUGUUUCCCUACAAUCCUAAUGUUCUUCUGAACCGGUACGUCUCUUUGAAAUGA